UAUCCACUCAGGAAGUAAGGAAAUGUGGUCUUCAUCAGGUGCUCAAUACACAUCAUGCCCAAAAAUUAGUGCAUUAUUUGUAAAAAGUGAUCAUUAGUGUUGUUUUGAAUUCAUAUUAAUUAUUGAUUAAUGAAGUGGUCAAGUGAAUUAAAGUGAUAUAUUUUCAACAAUCAUUUAAUAUCCAAAAUAAAAUUGAAAUCUUUGUGAUAAACUUUUUAUGCCACGAUUUAAUUUGCUGUUUGGACAUCAUGAGGGUCGAGUUACCUUUCAUGUGAAGUUACAGGUGAAGGUGAAAAUAAAAAAGAGAUUCGUAUGAGAAACGACGCGCGCAAAGCAAUCGUAGGAAAGCGAUAUAUAGCCGCUUGGCAAUUCACGAUGUGAGUGGAGUUGAAAAGAAAGAAAGAAGUAAGCCAAUUACCAACCCAAGUGGCUUGUCUUUCGUUUGAGAGAUACGCGACUCAUAUUAAAACGUUAAUCUCCGCUUCGCUACCUGCGCCACACAUCUACAUAUACAUUUUUUUCAUUUUGUCUUUCAUGCCAAGGUGUACACAAUAUACCAAUCGUUCGUACUUGAGCGUAAUAAUUUUAUCAAUCAACACGAAUACGGAUAAUCAUCAAAGAUCGAGUUGUAGAACUUGUACAAUUUGCAAUAUUAAAGUGUAAAAAGAAGAAGAGGAAGUGAAAGAAGAAGAAGAAGAUCAGGAUUGCGACGACAAAGAAGGAUGCCGUCAUUGGAUUAUCCGGAAACGAGAGUAUCGAAAUGUCAAGCUUGGCUAGACGAAGGCAGACAAGUUUACUUUUCGGAUCUAAACGUUGGUGGGCAACAGGAUGUUGGGCAACUCGAAGUCACCAGGAGGCAUAUCUUCGAAAAUUGUACGGUAGGAAAAACAUUGAAGGAAGUGUUAAUGUUGCUGCUGAUUUUCAUGAACCAGUAUCGUGGGCAGCACCAUCAGUAUCAUCAGGAAAUGAAUUCGAAGGUCAUGUAGAACCUGAACAAUACCUUGAUGAAAUUCUACGAAGUCGAAGAGAUGAUGUUAUUAUUAAUGAGGCUAGUGAACGUGCUGAAUUGCCAAGCCCUCGUGCCAGUCCCACCGAGAAAUGCGUUGAAUUUCUGGCAGGUGCACGUGCAAGUGUCCGCCGUAAUUACUUGAACAAUCUUUUGAGUCCUAAGCAACGAUCAUGUAAUGAUCAGCAAGUGUCACGAUGUGUGGAAGUAAAUGAACAAAACAUCGAUAAUAUUCUCCAGUGCAAUUAUCAAGAUGAGAAAGUAUGCAAGACCUGCAGGUGUCCACGUGAAAGCCAUCACCGGCCAGGUGUUAAAUCGCCAAAUCCUCCACUUGGCCUUACAAACGUACCUUCAAUGGCGAUGGCGAUGGCAUUUCAGCCUGGUGAUGCAUCGACUUCAGCCACGAGUGCCAUUUCUCCUCAUCAAGAGUCAUUCAAGAGUUCCAUUGAAGCCCCUCCUGUGCUUCAGGAUCCCCUAGUACAUCAUCAUCAAAGACUCUCACAAAGUGAUGAUGACAGUGGUUGUGCUCUUGAGGAGUACACGUGGGUUCCAACGGGUCUACGACCUGAUCAGGUUCAUUUGUACUUUAGUUCCUUGCCCGAGGAUAAAAUUCCCUAUGUCGGUAGCGCAGGAGAAAGGGAACGAGUGAAGCAACUACUACAGCAAUUACCACCCCACGACAACGAAGCGAGAUACUGUAAAGAUUUGACGGAGGAAGAAAAACGAGAGCUUCGUGUUUUUGCUGCCCAGAGAAAACGUGAAGCUCUUGGUCGAGGACAUGCAAGUCAACUAGAACGACCUCAUGGUAGCGGGUGUCGUGAAUGCGGCAGGUUGAUCACCACGGGAGAAAUUGCUAUUGGAGCAAAUCGAGCUGGACCGACAGCUCUCUGGCAUCCUGCAUGUUUUAUCUGUUGCAUUUGUAAGCAACUUCUCGUUGAUCUCAUUUACUUCUGGCGCGAAGGGAGGCUGUAUUGUGGACGACAUCAUGCAGAGACAUUGAAACCACGAUGCUGUGCAUGUGAUGAAAUUAUUUUGGCCGAUGAAUGCACUGAAGCUGAGGGCAGAGCUUGGCACAUGAGACAUUUUGCAUGUCUCGAGUGCGAUCGACAACUUGGUGGGCAGCGUUAUGUUAUGCGAGAAGGUCGACCCUACUGUCUUCACUGUUUUGACGCGUCCUUUGCUGAGUACUGCGACAGCUGUGGAGAGCCUAUCGGUGUUGAUCAAGGUCAAAUGUCACAUGAAGGUCAACACUGGCAUGCUACUGAAGCAUGUUUUAGUUGUGCCACUUGCCACACGUCACUUCUUGGACGUCCUUUUUUACCAAGGAGGGGUGCGAUUUAUUGCAGUAUUGCUUGUAGUAAAGGUGAACCACCUACAACACCUAGCGAUUCUUCCGCUGGACCUCCUCCAGCUCCACCACCACCGUCUUCUUUUUUAAGACAAUGUAGAAAACCUCUUCCACCUACGCCAAGCGAAGGAUCAUCUAGUCCUCCACUGCCAACUUCAACGAGGCAUCUUUUACAUACAUCAAGUUCAGCAAAAAAUUCUCCACGACUCAUACGGAAGCAAUAUCAUCAGGGAUCAACAUCGUUAGCUACAACUCCCGGCCCAGCCUCUUCAUCAGAUCAUCAUGAUGAAGACAAUACAUCAGAAAACCUAACAACUCUUGAAUCUCGAUCAGGAGGAUUGGAUCGAAUAAUUUUAGAGCGAAAUCUUGAAAGACUUUUGCAAGACCGUAAUACUAAUACAGAAGAGACCGAUUCCCCAGAACUUGGAAGGUUGAUGCAAGCAAGAGAUAGAGAGCCUUUGCACUGCAUUCAAAGUUCCAUUCCGACCCAUGCAUCAAGUAUGCCAGAACUACCUCCACCUCCCCAUUUAGGAGUGCAAAAGAAUUCAAGAACACCAACUCCACCGCAAACACCUCCACCUUUGCGGAUGACAAACGUGCCUGUGGUAGAUACAACCGAUCUCUCUGGUGAUAUUUCAAUAGCCGAUCCACCUACGCCGACAUCUCGAAGAGUAAGGUUUCAAGGAGAUGAUACCAAUGCUGCUUCAUCAUCAACCAUGCCGUUAGGAAAUAGUUCAUAUCUUUCAGCGACGUCCAGUAGACCGCAAGUGCCGCGGUCACGUAGUUUACAACCGGAUGAAGUUGCCAGCACAUCUUGGGAAAACUUUGGUCGAAUGACUAAAAAUGAGGAUGAAGAAAGUUGCUGUUCAACUUGUAGUUCAUCCAGCAGUUCAGACGAAGCUACAGCAUACGCACUACCUCCAAGAAGAGCCUACGGUGGUGUGCGAAUAUCUUAUGUACCUAAUGAUGCAGUUGCUUGUGCAAGGAGACGAGGGACCAAUCCUUCCACGCAGCCACAUAAAGAGAACGACAAGUGUACAUUAUCUUGAUAUUACGGUUCUCGAAAAUGUAUUUCAAGGAAAAAAUUUAUGUCUGAAAAAAUCAUUAUUCAUUGUAAAUUUAAAUUCAAUUCAAGAUGGACUUUCCAAAUUUUAUCAAGUCUGUCAUUGAAUACCAGAAUUUUGUAUAUAUAUCAACAUUGU